UUGGUUGUGAAAGCACACGUGUCAGGGAGUGAAAUAUAUUUCAUUACAUAUUACAAAUAUCGUAACGAAUAAAUCAACAACUACCGAUAACUAACAUCGAAACUUGUAUUUUAUCUUAUCUACCUUGGCGAAUAAUAUGAAUGAUUGCACGAUGCAAAUAUUGCACCCACGAUUACAGUGUCGGUAAUAUUGUUUCCCCUACCACGCUCCAAACAAUAUGCAACAGGACUAUAUAAUAAUUCAUCCAUCGGUGAAUUUCAAAACGUUUCGUUUUAAUUUUUACCAUAGCCAUCGAGCAUUCCCGAAAAUCAUGUGGAAAGCAUUUAUAUUCGUCGCCUUCUUCGUCGUCGCAGGAAACGCGAAGAAGUGCGUGCCUUACGCCGGUAACGUUGUCGCGUGUGUUUGCAAUGCAACAUAUUGCGACGAUACGCCGAAUAAUGAUCCGAAAAUACCAAAAAAAGGGACGUCUUAUUGGUACGUGACAAAUAAGAAGGGUCUCAGGAUGGAGAUGUCAAAGGUGAAGUUUAAUACCGGUGAUCAAUCUUCCUCCAAGUUAACGUUAACCGUCGAUACGAAGAAGACGUAUCAAACCAUUCUCGGAUUUGGGGGUGCCUUUACCGAUUCUACCGGUCUAAACAUAAGAAAACUCAGUCCAGCUACGCAAUACCAACUCAUACGAUCGUACUACUGUCCAAAUACGGGAAGCAGGUAUAACAUAGGUCGCAUACCGAUCGCCAGCACAGAUUUUUCGACGAGAACUUACUCGUACGACGAUGUGGCGAACGACACUUCCUUGAAACAUUUUGCACUCGCUCAGGAAGACUACGAGUAUAAAAUACCAUACGCGAAAAUGGCCCUUGAAUUGAAUCCUAAGACGAUAUUCUUUGGUAGCGCGUGGUCGGCACCAGGAUGGAUGAAAACCGACGACUCCUUCGACCAUUUUGGUUACUUGAAGAAAGAGUACUAUCAGGUCUUUUCCGAUUACUUGGCGAAGUUUGUGAUCGAAUACGAGAAACAUGGCCUCGAGAUGUGGGCCCUCACGACGGGUAACGAACCAACGAUUGCCUUCCAAAUCAACACGACGCGCAUUGAUACCAUGGGAUGGAAACCUAAAGACUUGGCUAUGUGGGUUGCUAAUUUCAUGGGUCCGACUCUGGCAUCGACGAUGAACAAAGACCAGGUAGUCUUGGCCCUCGAUGACGACAGAGUUUUAUUGCCUUGGUUCGUCGAGCCAUUAUUUAAAAACGAAAACGCGUCCAAAUACACUAUAGGGACAGGUGUACAUUGGUACUUUGACAAAGAAGCGCCUAUAAAGGUAUUGGAUAAGACCCACAAGGAAUUCCCAGACAAAAUGUUACUUAUGACCGAAGCAUCUUUGGGUCCGCCAUCGUGGGAUAGUCCAAAUGUUCUGAAUUUAUCGUGGAGUUACGCGGAAAGAUACAUUAUCAACAUAAUACAGUAUAUAAAUCAUUGGUCGGUCGGAUGGGUGGACUGGAAUUUAGCUCUCGACAGACAGGGUGGACCGUACCAGAAUAUCCCCCUCGAUGCAACCAUUAUUGUAAAUACAACCAAAGAUGAAUUUUAUAAAAUGCCUAUGUAUUAUGCUAUCCAGCACGUGAGUAGAUUCGUUGAUCGAGGCUCUGUCAGGAUUUCCAUCACCGAUGACGACACUGUCAAAUCUACGGCCUUCGUGACACCUGCGCAGGAAGUUGUUGUUGUACUCUAUAACAAUCGCAGUUCUACAAAUUCCGUGACCCUUAAGGACGCUCAACAGGGUGCAUUGAACUUGAAAUUAUCUCCGUACUCGAUGAACACCGUGAUCUACAAAAAAUAAAUACUUUUUAUGUGAAAUGUUGAAAUGUAACAACGAUCGAAAUAAUAAAUAACAGUUUGAAAUUA